CAGAGGGAUGGAGGAGAGGGGGAUGGAGGAGCAGAGGGAUAAUGCCUCAGAGUCAGCAGGAGGAAAAAGGGGAUUUCCAGCAGAACAGGAAGCAGGAGUGGCAUGUCACAGCACAGCACAGGUGCCUGUGUGCCGGGAAGAGCCUUUGGGAUGCAGCUCUGUCCCUCUGCAGAGAGCAGCUGCAGCACCUGCUGCUGUCCUUAGCCUGACCCACUCACCCCAGGUGCCAGGGCUGGGUUCCAGGUCCCUGGGCAGAUAAUGCAGGAACCAGGCAGCUCUGUGCUCAUCACACUUUUGUUCCGCAGCACUGGUAACCUCUGGUUAUUUGAAACCAUUCCCUUUUCCCUCCCAGUCAGAGUUUGCCAGUAACCAUGCAUUUUCAAAGGGGUGAAUAUUCACCUCUGAUUGAUGGACACGGUGAUCAGAGUGAGAAUAUCAAAGUUCUGUGGAACGUUUACUGAAAACAUUAUCAGCAUCCCUCUGCAAAGCCCAGGUUGUCCUUUGUUUUGUGAAGCCAAAGCCCCCAAAGACUGCUCUUCCUGCACCCAGAAGCACUUCAGUGACACUGAGAUGUCACGUCUGUCACUGGCUGCAGAUUGUGGCUCUCUGAGCCACUCACAGUGGAGGUUUCUUUUUUCUGGAAAAGUUUUCCUUAAAACAAAAGUUUUCCUGUAAAAAUGUAUUUUGGCAGUAUCUGGUGUGGAGACAGUGGCUGAAUUUAAACAGGUGUUUGUUUUCUGUGGCUCCUGCCCGUUCCUCAGAGCUUUGGCUCAUUUUUACAGCAGUUCCUCUGUAUCAGGUCAGUUUUGGGGUGAGAAGUGCCAGUUUCAGUCCUGCCACGGUGUGUGGAGCCACUCUGUGGGUCAGCCCCUGGCACACACCACCAGCACAGGGCCAGGGCCAGCAGUGCAGCCAAGGUGACCCCCAGACCCUUGGGCUGGGGCAGGGCAGACCUGCUGGGUCAGGUUUAAGAAUAAUUUCAGUUGUGAUUUUCAGGAAAACAACAUUUUUCUUUUUGGAAUUGUGGGGGGUUGAGCAGCUUUAUGUGAAAUCUGCAGGCAAGAUGAAAGCCUGUUUUCCCCUUUAUUAAAUUUAAAUGAAGGCGGCUUUUGAGAAAGAAAGAAAAAUAAAAUCAAAGGUUUUGUCACAAAUAUCAGAUCCAUUAUCAGCCCUUUUCUGGUUAAAAAUCUCGAACGGUUUUACUCCCCCUUCCCCAGUGAGAGCCCCGAAUGCCCAGCGUCUCACUUGGUCCUGGGGCUCGAUCCUGCACCGUGGGAGCUUUUCCCCCAAGGUCUGCACCGCCACAUCUGUCCCCAGGGAGCCUCCCAGGGCCCCAGGCAUGGCAGCAGAGGGGCUGCAGAGGGGUCCUGCAAUGGGGCUGGCCUGGAGCAAGUCCUCAAUGUCCUUUCCCGUGGCACCGGGCUUGUCAGGCAGCCUGGGGGCCUGGGCAGGGGUCAGGUGGCUGGAGCUGCUGCAGGUGCCAGCUGGGCUCUGGCCCUGCGUGGGUGGCUGUCCUCACCCUGGCGAGCUGAGGUGGCACAGGGCAGGGGCAGCAGCGUGGGCUCCUGCACGCCUGCGGGGGGCUGCUGGGAGAGCUCAGGAGGAAAUCAAUCCCAAACCCUUUGGCUCCGGGUACCUGGGCCUCCCUUCCCUGCAGGAAUGGCUGGGUGAGAGCUGGUGGAUGCUGCUGCCUCUGGGCCGGUGAGGGGAGCUGGAGUGGAGCCAGGUGGCCAGCAAGGCUCGUUGGUCACUGACUGGUCACUGACUGGUCACUGACUGGUCACUAAUUGGUCACUAACUGGUCAUUAACUGGUCACUAACGCCUCCUGGGCAGCUGGGGCCGUGCUCCCUCCCAGAGCUGCUCCUGGGGGCCGUGGCCUGGGGGGCUCUGAGGGUCUGGCUGCUCCUUUAGCUCAGACCCUUCCGGCUCUCGGGUGUUACAGGCAAACCUGUGGGUGCCAAGGUGAGGCUGCUGAGGACCGGGGGAAAUGUUUCCAUGCUGCCCAGCCGGGGAUUUACCAGGCUCUCAUCUCUAGAGUGGUGGUGCCGGUGAGGGGCGGCACAAGGAUUGGGCGGGUGGGUGAAACUGAGGGAGGUAAAACAGCAAAGGGAAGGGAGUCGUGUCCACAGACACGGCGCUUAGCCUGCUGGCUGGAAAAUCUGAAUCCAGCAAGGAAUGUGCUGCGAGUGGGGAACCUGUUGUGCAGAUGCUGCUGCCGCAGGGACCCAGAGAGAAGUAUUUGGGGAGCUAAUCAUGGAGCAAGAGAGGAAAAUGGAAGUAAAAUAGCACAAAGAAGUGAAAGUCAUGAAAAAAGCCUACUGUAAGUGACCAGGUGGUGAGUGAGGAGCUGGUGGAGGCUCUGAGGGGGGCAGCCAGGGCAAGGGAGGGCAGGGUCUGCAGGAUGUGCCAGGGCAGAGCCUGGAUCUUCCCAGAUGUGUUGGGAAACAUGGGAGGAGAGAGUGCACCAAAACGAAACCUUGGAGUGGGAGGAGAAAUGAAGAAAGAACCCCAGAUUUCACAACCCCAAAGGAUGCGGGACAGCAGCCGCCAGUGCUGGCCCCAGGUGGGACAAGGAUGGCAGGCGAGGGGAAAUGAGCCCGAGGGACCCGAGCCUGGCCCAAAGGGCUGCCUUGAAAACUGCAGCCAUGACAGCGUAGGCCGGCGGCCAGAGAUGGAUCGGUUCAGCGAGUGCGGGACGCAGACGGACGCCGUGGUGGUGCUGUCCCUGGCACAGGCUGCCGUGCUGGGGCUGGUGUCCGAUAAUGAGCUGCUCGGGGCCACCGUCACCCCGACGGGCUUCUUCCCGGGGCUGGCCGGGGAGCAGCUGGACAAUGCCGCCGUGGAGCCGGGGGAGCCCGAGGCCGAGGAGCAGGCGCCCGGGGAUGGGCAGGACGAGGACACCCUGGAAGCAGACUCCUCCCUGGAGAAGCAUGCCCGGAGGAGGAAGAGGCCGCCCGUGAGGCUGCUGCCCAAGGUCAAGAGCGAGAAGGCCGAGGCGGAGGCUGAGGCACCAUACGACGCGUCGGGCCCUGGGGAUGAGGAGGACGAGGGGCAGCAGGGCCACGCGCCCCAGCCCCCCGAGCCCAGCCCGGAGCCGGCGGUGCAGAGCGGGGCCGUGAAGAUGAUCGACCUGGGCACCUUGGGCAGGAAGCCCCGGCGCCUGCGGCACCUGCGGCGGGCACCGGGAGCUGGAGGGCGCCGAGCGCCGGCGCAGGGGCGCCGACCUGGCCGGCGGCACCGGGGGGGCCCCACAAACCCUGGGCGCCUUCGAGGCGGGCGCCCCGUCCCCCGGCGAGGCGGGCCCCCGCGCCAGCCUCCCCCCGAGCAGGUGAAGAGCGAGCAGGGCUGCGGCUGGCAGGAGCCGGGCGAGCUGGAGGCGGCGGGCGGCACCAGCGAGCACAGCAGGAAGGCGCAGCUGGACCGGCUGGACAUCAACGUGCAGAUCGACGACUCCUACCUGGUGGAGGCGGGGGACCGCCAGAAGCGCUGGCAGUGCCGCAUGUGCGAGAAGUCCUACACCUCCAAGUACAACCUGGUCACCCACAUCCUGGGCCACAACGGCAUCAAGCCCCACUCCUGCCCGCACUGCAACAAGCUGUUCAAGCAGCCCAGCCACCUGCAGACCCACCUGCUGACCCACCAGGGCACGCGGCCCCACAAGUGCGGGGUGUGCAGCAAGGCCUUCACUCAGACCAGCCACCUGAAGCGGCACAUGCUGCUGCACACCGACAUCAAGCCCUACAGCUGCCGCUUCUGCGGCCGCGGCUUCGCCUACCCCAGCGAGCUGAAGGCGCACGAGGUGAAGCACGAGAGCGGGCGCUGCCACGUGUGCGUGGAGUGCGGGCUGGACUUCUCCACGCUCACCCAGCUGAAGCGGCACCUGGCCACGCACCAGGGCCCCACGCUCUACCAGUGCCUGGAGUGCAGCAAGUCCUUCCACUACCGCAGCCAGCUGCAGAACCACAUGCUGAAGCACCAGAACGUCCGGCCCUUCGUCUGCACCGAGUGCGGCAUGGAGUUCAGCCAGAUCCACCACCUCAAGCAGCACUCGCUCACGCACAAGGGCGUGAAGGAGUUCAAGUGCGAGGUGUGCGGGCGGGAGUUCACCCUGCAGGCCAACAUGAAGCGGCACAUGCUGAUCCACACCAGCGUCCGGCCCUACCAGUGCCACAUCUGCUUCAAGACCUUCGUGCAGAAGCAGACGCUCAAGACCCACAUGAUCGUGCACUCGCCUGUGAAGCCCUUCAAGUGCAAGGUCUGCGGCAAGUCCUUCAACCGCAUGUACAACCUGCUGGGGCACAUGCACCUGCACGCCGGCAGCAAGCCCUUCAAGUGCCCCUACUGCUCCAGCAAGUUCAACCUGAAGGGCAACCUCAGCCGGCACAUGAAGGUCAAGCACGGGGUGAUGGACAUCAGCCUGGACAGCCAAGAUGCCAUGAUGGAGCUGGCUGGGGCUGAUCACACCGAGCUGGAUGGCCAGCAGGAGAUGGACGACUUCGAGGAGGAGAACUCUUACGGCUACGGCGCUGUGGGCAACCCCCCAGACGAGCACACGCUGGCCGAGCAGGCCAUGAAGGAGAUGGCCUACUACAACAUGUUGUAGCCCAGGAUGGUGGGGCUGUGGGGGCUUGGUGGGGUGAAGAGGGGCUGCGGCACCCAGACAGGCCCCCCAGAGCUGGAGGGAUGGCUUCCACUGGGCUUGGGGAACACUGGGAUGUCCAGAAGGCUUUGCUGGACCUGCCUUGGCUCUGCUGCUGCCCCCCUGCCCCUGCCUGCACCCUGCACCCGGUGACUUGAAGCUGCAGGCAGGGGAGGCAUGACCCCGCAGAUCACUGAAUGAGUAAGGAUGGAAGGGGCUGCUGUGGAGCAAGAUGACGAGCAUCACUAAUUAUUCUACCUCCUGGGUGCCCCCUCUCUGCACAGGGGUUCCCCUGACGGGCAGAAGCCCCUGCCCGCACGAGGAGGUGGGUUUGCAUUUCCCACUCACCCCAGGGCUCUCACCCCUGUGUCAGGCCCUGGGAUGCAGAACAGAGUAUUUUCAUAGAAGCUCAGGGCGCAGUCAGCGCCCACAGCUCCGCAUCUGGAGCUGCAGCCAGCGGUGGAGCCGGGGGAGGCAAACCCAGCCCAGCCCCAGCAAACGAUGGUAUUUUGAAAGUAAUUUAUUUUUUUCAGAUGUGCCGCGUGGUUGGUUUUAUCUUUUCACUGAGUUCAGUUCCCUUCAACCAAUGUGCUUUGUAAA